CGCCCACCGUUUUUGGUCAGCCUCCCUCUAUUUCGCUUCCUUCUUUGCGAAAUUAGGGUUUCACAAUCCGUCCUCCUCUCUCCUCUGCCGACUGCAAGUCCUGUGGGUAUUCCACGCCUGGGCGGCGGAUCAUCGUCUCGGAAUCGCUUCCUUCCCCCUCUCGUAUCUCAGAUCUUCGAUCCCUUUGAACAUCAAAUUGUUGCUUUGAGGAACAUUUGCUUGUUCCACUCAUAUUCAAUCAAGUAGUAUGCCGAAGGAAAGGAGGACCCGUUCUGCAUCCUUUGAACGAAGAUCUCGUGGGUCACCUUUCCCAUGCAGCUCGGCCAGCGAUCAUAAGCAUUCUUCUUCUUCUUCUUCGGUGUCUUGUAGACCUUCUGAAUCUGGUGUUCCAGCAGCCAAGGACAUCAAAGAGUGGGAGGAGGUUCGUUGCCCUGUGUGCAUGGAGUACCCUCACAAUGCUGUUCUCCUUCUCUGCUCCUCCCGAGAGAAGGGUUGUCGCCCUUUCAUGUGUGACACCAGCUACCGCCAUUCUAAUUGCCUGGACCAGUACCGCAAGGCAUUUUCUGAAUCCCAACCAUCUCACCAGGAUGCUGUGGGUCAGCAGCCAACAAAGCUUUUGUGCCCCCUGUGUCGUGGGCUCGUCACUGGUUGGACUGUGGUGGAGCCGGCACGCCACUAUCUCAAUGCUAAGAUUCGUAGCUGCUCUAUGGAGUCCUGUGGGUUUAGCGGGGUUUAUGGCGAGCUGAGAAAGCAUGCUAGGAAAGAGCAUCCCUCUGUGCGUCCAUCAGAGGUGGACCCUGAACGACAGCGAGAUUGGCGGAGGUUGGAGCAACAGCGUGAUCUUGGUGACCUGUUCAGCAUGUUUCGGUCGCCCAUCAGUGGAGAGGAAGAUGGCAUCGGCAUCGUUGGGGAUGAUGAAGAGUUGAGUAGUGGUAUAAUCCCAUUUCCCUCGAUCACAGUUUUCUUGAUUGUACAGGUGACUCGAGCAGGAGGUAUGGGUUCCUCACGAUCAUCUUUGCAUUCCUCGAGAAGCUCCUUGAGGGGUUCUUCACGGAGCCGAAGAGGAAGAGGAAUGAUCCUGUGGGGAGAGACCUUCAGCGAGCAGGAGUCCUCCGGCAGACCAAUGGGCAAUGGUAUCGAUGAUGUGGAUGAUGAUGGUAAUGACAGCAGAGCUGAGGAUGUGUCUGUUGCUUCUGGACAAGGCCAAGGGAGGCGGCGGCGGCACCUGAGGAUGUCGGAUGAUGACAAUGAAGAUGAAGAUGAGUUGCUGUGAUUGUAUGGUUGUUGCUGUGUCGUAUUUUGGAGUGUGUUGAGCUGGUUGGGUUUUGUAAAUCACUUGUUAUUCCCAAAUAUUUCUUUGUCAGUGAUGCAACUGUCCUGUUCUUAUGUUUUAUUUGUUUAACAGGGGAAUCAGCUAUUUCACCAUUAAACAUGCGAAGUUGGCUACUUCACCAUUAAACAUGGGAAGCUAGCUGCUUCAACAUGAAGACUUGUUUUCGAGGCAGGAGGUUCUGCCUGAUCUGGAAACGGUAAAAAAAAAAAAAAGAAGAUGAAAGAACAGAUUGUGAAUAAUAUUGCUUCGAUGAACAAUCGAACAUUGAAUGUGGGAUUCUGGUU